AUGAAUCCUGUGCUUAGCACCUUGUGGUUCUCAGCACUUCUGCUUCUGACCCACAGAAUUGAGGAGCUGGUGGAGGCGUGCAGCUGUGCCCCUGCCCAUCCGCAGCAGCUCAUCUGCGACUCGGCUCUAGUGAUUCGAGCAAAAAUAUCCAGUGAAAAGGUGGUUCCUGCCAGUGAUGAUCCUCUUGAUACCCACAAAAUGAUCCGGUAUGAAAUCAAACAAAUAAAGAUGUUUAAAGGAUUUGAAAAGCUCAAGGAUGUCCAGUAUGUCUAUACCCCUUUCGAUUCGUCACUCUGUGGAGUGAAACUAGAAGCUAACAACAAAAAACAGUAUCUUUUGACAGGCCAAAUUUUAAGUGAUGGUAAAGUCCUCAUCCAUUUAUGCAACUACAUUGAACCAUGGGAUGACUUAUCCUUGUCUCAAAAGAAGAGUCUUAAUCAGAGGUAUCAAAUGGGCUGUGGCUGCAAGAUUACUACCUGUUACAUGGUGCCCUGUUCAAUCACUUCACCAAAUGAGUGCCUCUGGACAGACUGGCUGAUAGAAAGAAAGCUAUAUGGGCACCAAGCCAAGCAUUAUGCCUGUAUCAAGAGAAGUGAUGGCACUUGCAGCUGGUACCGUGGUGGUCCUCCCCCAGAGAAAGAGUUUAUCGAUAUCAGCGAACCUUAA